GUCUCGUCGCCGCCCCGCCGCCGAUGACACAUCAUGGGAAACCUCUGUGUCAUGGCAGUUCGAGCCCACCGGGUGGCGCCAGCCCGGUGGUUUCGGCGCCGCCGUCAGCCCAUGGACCCCACCAUCCACCACCAACCGAUCUAACCGCAGCCCUGCCAUGUUCGGCCGGUCGGCGAAGGAUUACUACCUCUCAAGAACCUCCAACCCACUCUACGAGCAUUCACGUCGAGGCAGUAGGCUUGAGCUCCGUAGCCAUGUCUCACGCGCUCAUCGCCGGCGGUCUCGGGACUUCAGCGGGCCCAACCAUGAUGCUAGCACGUCUUCCAUAUUCACAGACUUGGGAGUCUUUCAAGGUCGAAGAGGCCGAGCCAGCUCCAUCGACACCUCCUUGGCUAGCCGGGAUGAGCUUGGCAUGGCCGAUUACGGCGUUCCAGAGCUCAUCGCUCCCCGAAAUAGCCCGCACUCUCCAAGGAUUGAUCAUACCUUGGACCAUCAUCAUCAUGAUCAUACCUUGGACCAUCAUCAUCAUGAUCAUGUGCAUGACAUAUCCUUCUCUCAUGAUUACAAUACUGAUCAUCACUACGUAACCCCGAGUAAGAGCCAUGAUCGUGAUGUAAGUUUGAGUCAUGGAGAUCAUAGACAAGGGCAUCAUGUGUAUAAUAUGCAUGAUGAUGAUGAUGGUGGUGCAUAUGGUGAUGACGAUGAUGAUGAGGAGGAGGACGAGGAUGUCAGGGUUACUCCUCCUGUGGGUCUAUUUAGCUUGUUCAAAUAUUCGACAACGUGGGACUUGGCUCUUAUUUUCUUAGGCUGCAUAGGAGCUUUGAUCAAUGGAGGAUCCCUUCCUUGGUACUCUUAUUUGUUUGGAGAUUUUGUUAACAAGAUUGCAUUGGAGUCCGUAAAUGACAAGGCCCAGAUGAUGAAGGACGUCCAGAGGAUUUGUCUUUAUAUGGGUGCACUUGCAGCAGUAGUGGUGAUUGGAGCAUAUAUGGAGAUCACUUGUUGGAGAAUGGUGGGGGAAAGCUCAGCGCAAAGGAUUCGAAGAGAGUACCUAAGAGCGGUACUUAGGCAGGAUAUUGGAUUCUUUGAUACCGAGGUUAGCACCGGAGAUGUGAUGCAUGGGAUAUCCAGUGAUGUUGCACAGAUCCAGGAAGUUAUUGGGGAGAAGAUGGCACAUUUUGUCCAUCACAUUUUCACCUUCAUCUGUGGCUACUUGGUGGGCUUCAUUAAGGCAUGGAAAGUGGCCUUGGUGGUUUUCUCUGUGACACCAUUGAUGAUGUUCUGUGGCAUUGCUUACAAGGCAGUCUAUGUUGGCCUCACUGCAAAGGAAGAGGCUUCAUAUCGAAAAGCCACCAACGUAGCUCAACAAGCUAUUAGCUCGAUCAGGACGGUGCUGUCAUUCGUGAUGGAGGAUCAAAUGGCCAAGAAGUACACCGAGUGGCUCGAGAAGGCGGCGCCAAUUGGGAUGAAGAUUGGGUUUGCAAAGGGAGCUGGCAUGGGUGUGAUUUAUUUAGUUACCUACUCACAAUGGGCUCUAGCCUUCUGGUAUGGGUCUUUACUGGUUGCCAAGGGUGAGAUCACAGGAGGAGCAGCCAUUGCUUGCUUCUUUGCUGUCAAUGUUGGUGGCAAAUCCACCAUUUUUGCUCUCAUAGAGAGGUUCUAUGAUCCAGACCAAGGAUCAAUCUGCUUGGAUGGUCAUGAUAUAAGGACUCUUAGGCUGAAGUGGCUCAGGGAGCAGAUUGGGCUGGUGGGCCAAGAGCCCAUGCUCUUUCCAACCUCCAUAAUUGAGAAUGUGAUGAUGGGCAAGGUGAAUGCCACCAGGAAGGAAGCCCUUGCUGCAUGUGUGGCUGCCAAUGUUCACACCUUCAUCUCCGGCCUCCCGGAGGGCUAUAACACUCAGGUUGGUGACCGUGGAACCCAACUCUCUGGUGGUCAGAAGCAAAGAAUUGCACUGGCCCGGGUAAUGAUGAGGAAUCCCCGGAUUCUCCUCCUUGAUGAGCCAACAAGUGCAUUGGACCCUGAAUCUGAGGCUGUUGUCCAACAGGCCAUCGACCGCAUUUCUGUUGGCCGGACCACCGUUAUCAUCGCCCACCGCCUAGCUACGGUCCGGAAUGCCGACACCAUUGUUGUUUUGGAUCAUGGAUCUAUUGUUGAAUCCGGCCGCCACCGAGACCUCAUGGACGGGGCUGGGGUUUAUGCCAGCCUAGUGAACCUUGCCACAUGCAACAACGUCAUGAACAACAACAACAUCAAUGGUCAUGAUCCUUGGCCCAAUUGGCCCAACCCACAGCACAAGGCCCAUCACACCAGCUUCGUUGACCAGUCAGAGCAUGGCCUCUCAAGAUCAAAGUACGUGAAAUCCAUGCAACUGGUAGAAGAAGAAGAGGAGGGAAAAAUAGAGAAACAAUAUCCAACCAAACAAUACACCACUUCUGAGCUGUGGGGCUUUCAGAGACCGGAGUUUCCGCUUCUUGUCGUUGGGUUUCUUUUGGGUAUAAAUGCUGGUGCUAUCCUCUCCAUCUUCCCACUACUUCUAGGCCUGGCACUCCAAUUGUACUUCGACGACGACAACACCAACAUGAAGAGAGAUGUGGGCUACUUGGCACUAGGCCUGGUGGGACUGGGCGUGGGCUCUAUUGUCUCCAUGACUGGCCAGCAGGGCUUCUGUGGGUGGGCUGGAACCCGGCUCACUGUCAGGGUCUGCAACCUCCUUUUCCGGUCUAUCCUCCGGCAGGAGCCCGCUUGGUUCGACUUCGAGGAGAACUCGGCGGGUGCACUGAUCUCAAGGCUCUCAGCAGACUGCACUGCCUUCCGAUCCAUGCUCGGCGACCGUUACUCGGUGCUCUUAAUGGGCCUCGGCUCGGCAGCCGUUGGGCUCGGCAUAUCUUUCAUCCUCAGUUGGAGGCUAACACUUGUUGCUAUGGCCAUGACUCCAUUUACCCUAGGUGCUAGCUACUUGAGCCUGCUUAUUAAUGUAGGGCCCAAAUUAGACAACAGUGCAUUCGCACGUGCUAGCACUAUUGCGGCCGGUGCCGUGUCGAACAUUCGAACAGUGAUGACAUUCUCAGCCCAAGAGAAGAUCGUGUCGUCAUUUGACCGGGCCCUGUCUGAGCCCACUAGAAAGUCUAUGAGACGGACACAGAUCAUGGGCCUUGGGCUUGGGCUCUCCCAGGGAGCGAUGUACGCUGCAUACACCUUGACCCUCUUCGUCGGUGCAUACCUGAUCAAGAAGGAACUUGCGAACUUUGGCGCCGUGUACAAGAUAUUCAUGAUACUGGUCCUGAGCUCAUUCUCUGUGGGCCAGCUGGCGGGUCUGGCCCCUGACACCUCUGGGGCACCGAUGGCAAUUGAUAGGGUGUUCUCAAUUUUGAAACGUACUCCAUCGAUCAAUGUUGAUCGACGGAAUGGGAGGGUGAUUAAGGGGGGAAAGUUGCUCGAUGUGGAGCUGAAGAGGGUGACGUUUGCAUACCCAUCGAGGCCCGACAUGAUGGUGCUGAGGGACUUCUCUAUCAAGGUGAAGGCGGGGAGCACGGUGGCGAUUGUUGGCGGCAGCGGAAGCGGUAAGUCGACGGUGAUAUGGAUGGUGCAGCGGUUCUAUGAUCCUGACGUCGGAAGAGUUAUGGUGGGUGGGGUGGAUGUGAGGGAGAUGGACGUGAAGUGGCUGAGGACAGAGUGUGCCUUAGUGGGCCAGGAGCCGGCCCUAUUUGGAGGGACGAUCAGAGAGAAUAUUGGGUUCGGUAGCCCAAAAGCUUCAUGGGCUGAGAUCGAGGAGGCGGCAGCGGAUGCCCAUAUCCACAAGUUCAUAAGUGGCCUGCCCCAAGGAUAUGAAACUCAGGUAGGGGAGAGUGGCGUCCAGCUAUCGGGUGGUCAGAAGCAGAGGAUCGCGAUCGCACGUGCCAUGCUCAAGCGAUCGAGGAUUCUAUUGUUGGACGAGGCAACCAGUGCAUUGGACGUAGAAUCUGAAAGGUACGUCCAAGAGGCCCUGAAGAAGCUCUCGAAGCAUGCUACGACGAUCGUCGUAGCACAUAGACUUGCAACAAUUAGAGAGGCACACAAUAUCGCUGUGGUUCGGGAUGGUAAAGUUGCCGAGUUUGGAAGCCAUGAUGCAUUAUUGGCGAACCAUCUUGAUGGGGUGUACGCUGCGAUGGUUCGAGCAGAGAUGGAGGCUCAAGCACUCUCCUAAGAAAUCCUAAGACUUUGUUCGGUUGUUCUGUUGUUUUGUUUCUCAUACUCAUAAACCUGCUUCAGAGUUUCCAAACGUGCCUCAUGUCUGAACACUACGAGAUGGCUCGGUGGGCUCCAAGAGCAACUAGCUUUGGAUUCCCAUAAAUGGUUAGGAGGGGGAUGUUGAAGGCAUGAUCAUAAUGUAUCUUCUAAGGCAAUCAAUCAAGUGAUAUACAAGUAUAA